UAACAAAGGAGGGGAAAUUUAUAUUCUCUGUAAGAAUGGCACUAGUAAAAUGCCUGAAAAUUUUGCUUGAGGUUGAUCCUUACUCAAAAUGGGCUGUUCUUAAUGUAAUGGGAAAAGACUUCCCUGUAAAAGAAGUAUUUCCACAAUUUCUUGCUGAUAGUCAUCACCAAGUCCGCAUGCUGGCUGCAUCAUCCAUCAACAGAUUAUUUCAAGAUAUGAAACAAGGAUGUUCUUUGAGGUUUUUGAAAGCACUUCCUUUGAAGCUUCAGCAAACAGCCUUUGACAACUCAUACUUGAAAGUUCAGGAAGGAAUGAGAGAAAUGUCACACAAAGCUGGGAACCCUGAACUUUUGGAUGAGAUUUAUAAUAGAAAAUCUCUUUUAUUGAUGAUGAUAGCUGUGGUUUUAUGCUGUAGCCCUGUCUGUGAAAAACAGGCUUUGUUUGCUCUGUGUAAGUCUGUGAGAGAGAAUGGAUUAGAACCUCACCUCAUUAAAAAGGUUUUGCAAAAAGUUUCUGAAACUUUUGGAUAUAGACAGUUAGAGGACUUCAUGGCAUCUCAUUUGGAUUAUCUGGUUUUAGAAUGGCUGAAUAUUCAAGAUACUGCAUACAACUUAUCUUCUUUUCCUUUUAUUUUAAUGAACUACACAAAUGUUGAGGAUUUCUAUAGAUCUUGUUACAAGGUUUUGAUUCCACAUUUGGUGAUUAGAAGUCAGUUUGAUGAGGUGAAGUCCAUUGCUAAUCAGAUUCAAGAGGAUUGGAAAGGUCUUCUGACAGACUGUUUUCCGAAGAUUCUUGUAAACAUUCUCCCUUACUUUGCCUGUGAGGGUUCUGGAGAGUAUGGGAUGGCGCAGCAAAGAGAGACUGCUACCAGAGUUUAUGAUAUGCUUAAAGAUGAGAACUUACUGGGAAAACAGAUUGAUCAUUUAUUCGUUAGUAAUUUACCAGAGAUUGUGGUGGAGUUGUUGAUGACGUUACAUGAACCAGCAGCUUCUAGUGGCAGCCAAAGCACUGAUCUCAGUGACUUCUCAGGGGAUUUAGAUCCUGCUCCUAAUCCACCUCAUUUUCCAUCACAUGUUAUCAAAGCAACAUUUGCCUAUAUCAGCAAUUGCCAUAAGACCAAGCUUAAAAGCAUUUUAGAAAUUCUUUCCAAAAGCCCUGAUUCCUAUCCGAAAAUUCUUCUAGCUAUAUGUGAACAAGCAGCUGAGACAAAUAACGUUUAUAAAAAGCACAGAAUCCUUAAAAUAUAUCAUUUGUUUGUUAGUUUAUUACUGAAAGAGAUAAAAAGUGGUUUAGGAAGAGCUUGGGCCUUUGUUCUUCGAGAUGUUAUAUAUACUUUGAUUCAUUACAUCAAUAAAAGGCCUUCUCAUUUCAUGGACGUGUCAUUGCGUAGCUUCUCCCUUUGUUGUGACUUGUUAAGCCGGGUUUGCCACACAGCAGUCACUUAUUGUAAGGAUGCUUUAGAAAACCAUCUUCAUGUUAUUGUUGGGACACUUUUACCCCUUGUGGGUGACCAGGUGGAGGUGCAGGAACAGGUAUUGGAUUUGUUGAAAUACUUAGUGAUAGACAACAAGGAUAAUGAAAACCUCUAUCUCACAAUUAAACUCUUAGAUCCUUUUCCUGAUCAUGCUGUCUUUAAGGAUCUUCGUAUUACUCAGCAGAAAAUCAAAUACAGCCAGGGACCUUUUUCACUCUUGGAGGAAAUAAACCAUUUCCUCUCAGUAAGUGUCUAUGAUGCACUUCCACUAACAAGGCUUGAAGGAUUAAAAGAUCUUAGAAGACAACUAGCACAACAUAAAGAUCAGAUGAUUGACCUUAUGAGAGCAUCUCAAGAUCACCCACAAGAUGGCAUAAUGGUGAAGUUAGUUGUCAGCUUGCUGCAGUUAUCCAAAAUGGCAGUAAACCAUACUGGUGAAAGAGAAGUUUUAGAGGCUGUUGGAAGCUGCUUGGGAGAAGUGGGUCCCAUAAAUUUCUCUACCAUAGCUAUACAACAUAGUAAAGAUACAUUCUAUACCAAGGCUCUUCAAUUAUGCGAAGAUAAAGAAGUUCAGUGGACCUUCAUAAUGCUUACCUACCUGAAUAAUACACUGAUAGAAGAUUGUGUCAGAGUGCGAUCAGCUGCUGUUACUUGUUUGAAAAGCAUUUUGGCCACAAAGACUGGACAUCGCUUUUGGGAGACUUACAAGAUUACCUCGGAUCCCAUGCUGAUCUAUCUGCAGCCUUUCAGAACAUCAAGAAAAAAGUUUUUGGAAGUACCUAGACUUGACAAAGAAAACCCUUUAGAAACUUUGGAUGAUACAAGCCUGUGGAUUCCGCAAAAUGAAAAUCAUGACUCUUGGAUAAAGACACUGACUUGUGCUUUUCUGGACAGUGGGGGCACAAAAAGUGAAAUUCUUCAAUUCUUAAAGCCAAUGUGUGAAGUGAAAAGUGACUUUUGUCAGACCGUGCUUCCAUACUUGAUUCAUGAUGUUUUACUCCAAGAUACAGAUAAAUCAUGGAGAAAUCUGCUUUCUACACACAUUCAGGGAUUCUUCACCAACUGCUUCAGGCAGUCCUUACAAACAAGUAGAUCUACGACCCCUGCAAAUUUGGAUUCGGAGUCAGAGCAUGUUCCCCGAUGCUGUUUGGAUAAAAAAUCACAAAGAACAAUGCUUGCUGUUGUGGACUACUUGAGGAGACAAAAGAGACCUUUUUCAGGAACUGUCUUUGAUGAUGCCUUCUGGCUGGAGUUGAAUUAUCUAGAGGUUGCUAAGGUAGCUCAGUCUUGUGCUGCUCACUUCACAGCAUUAUUCUAUGCAGAAAUUUACGCAGAUAGGAAAAGUAUGGAUGAUCAAGAUAAAAGAAAUCUUACAUUUGAAGAAGGAAGCCAAGAUACAACUAUUUCUAGUUUAAGUGAAAAAAGUAAAGAAGAAACUGGAAUAAGUUUACAGGACCUGCUUUUAGAAAUCUACAGAAGUAUAGGAGAACCAGAUAGUCUGUAUGGCUGUGGUGGAGGAAAAAUGUUACAACCUCUCACUAGACUGCGAACAUAUGAACAUGAAGCAAUGUGGGGAAAAGCCCUAGUAACAUAUGACCUUGAGACCGCAAUUUCCUCUUCAGUCCGCCAAGCAGGAAUAAUUCAGGCCUUGCAGAAUUUGGGACUCUGCCAUAUUCUGUCUGUCUAUUUAAAAGGGCUAGAUCAUGAAAAUAAAGAGUGGUGUGCUGAACUCCAAGAACUUCGUUACCAGGCAGCAUGGAGAAACAUGCAGUGGGACGACUGUAUUUCUGUCAACAAUAAAACAGAAGGAAUCAGUUACCAUGAAUCCCUGUUUAAUGCUCUACGAUCUCUGAGAGAUAGAGAAUUCUCCACAUUUCAUGAAAUGCUCAAAUAUGCCAGGGUGAAGGAAGUGGAAGAGCUAUGUAAGGGAAGCCUCGAGUCUGUGUAUUCCCUCUACCCCACGCUUAGUAGAUUGCAGGCCAUUUGCGAGCUUGAAAACAUCGGGGAACUUUUCUCAAGAUCAGUCACAAGCAGGCAGCCUUCUGAGGUAUACCUAAAGUGGCAGAAACACUCGCAGCUUCUUAAAGACAGUGAUUUCAAUUUCCAGGAGCCUAUCAUGGCUCUACGCACAGUCAUUUUGGAGAUGUUGAUGGAGAAGGAAAUGGCUCACUCCCAAAGAGAGUGUCUUAAGGAAAUUCUUACCAAGCACCUUGUAGAACUCUCUGUACUAGCCCGGACUUUCAAGAACACACAGCUCCCAGAAAAGGCAAUAUUUCAAAUUAAACAGUAUAAUUCAGCCAGUCAUGGAGUCUCUGAGUGGCAACUAGAGGAAGCACAAGUAUUCUGGGCAAAAAAGGAGCAGAGUCUUGCCUUGAAUAUUCUCAAGCAAAUGAUCAAGAAGCUGGAUGUCUGCUAUACAGAGACUGAUCCCAACCUAAAGCUCAUAUACACAGAAUGUCUAAGGGUUUGUGGCAACUGGUUGGCAGAAACUUGUUUAGAAAAUCCUGCAGUUAUUAUGCAGACCUAUCUAGAAAAGGCAGUGGAAGUUGCUGGAAAUUACAAUGGAGAAAACAAUGAGCUCAGAAAUGGAAAAAUGAAGGCAUUUCUGUCAUUAGCACGGUUUUCAGAUACUCAGUACCAGAGAAUCGAAAACUACAUGAAAUCAUCGGAAUUUGAGAACAAGCAAGCUCUCCUAAAAAGGGCCAAAGAGGAAGUGGGCCUUCUUAGGGAACAUAAAAUUCAGACCAACAGAUACACAGUAAAGGUUCAGCGAGAGCUAGAGCUGGAUGAAUGUGCUCUCCGAGCACUGAAAGAAGAUCGUAAACGUUUCUUAUGUAAGGCAGUUGAAAAUUAUAUCAAUUGCUUGUUGAGUGGAGAAGGGCAUGAUAUGUGGAUAUUUCGUCUUUGUUCUCUCUGGCUUGAAAAUUCUGGCGUUUCCGAAGUCAAUGGCAUGAUGAAGAGAGAUGGAAUGAAGAUUCCAUCAUAUAAAUUUUUGCCUCUGAUGUACCAAUUGGCUGCUAGAAUGGGGACCAAGAUGAUGGGAGGCCUAGGAUUUCAUGAAGUCCUCAAUAACCUCAUCUCUAGAAUUUCAAUUGAUCACCCCCAUCAUACUUUGUUUAUUAUACUGGCCUUAGCAAAUGCAAACAAAGAUGAAUUUCUGACUAAACCGGAAGCAGCAAGAAGGAGUAGAAUAACUAAAAGUGCACCUAAACAAAGCUCUCCACUGGAUGAGGAUCGAACUGAGGCUGCCUACAAAAUAAUACAAACUAUCAGAAGUAAGAGACCUCAGAUGGUCAAAAGUGUAGAGGCUCUUUGUGAUGCUUAUAUUAUAUUAGCAAACCUAGAUGCCACUCAGUGGAAGAUGCAGAGAAAAGGCAUUAACAUUCCAGCAGACCAGCCAAUCACUAAACUCAGGAAUUUAGAAGAUGUUAUUGUCCCUACUAUGGAUAUUAAGGUGGACCCCACAGGAGAAUAUGGCAACCUCGUGACUGUACAGUCAUUUAAAGGAGAAUUUCGUUUAGCAGGAGGUUUAAAUUUACCAAAAAUAAUAGACUGUUUGGGCUCUGAUGGCAAGGAGAGGCGGCAGCUUGUGAAGGGCCGUGAUGACCUGAGACAAGAUGCCGUGAUGCAGCAGGUUUUCCAGAUGUGUAAUACUUUACUCCAGAGAAACACCGAAACCAGGAAGAGGAAACUGACUAUCUGCACAUACAAGGUGGUUCCUCUGUCUCAGCGAAGUGGCGUUCUGGAAUGGUGCACAGGAACUGUCCCUAUUGGUGAAUUUCUUGUUAACAAUGAGGAUGGUGCCCACAAAAGAUACAGGCCAAAUGAUUUCAGUGCUUAUCAAUGCCAAAAGAAAAUGAUGGAAGUACAAAAGAAGUCUUUUGAAGAGAAAUAUGAAAUUUUCAUGAAUAUUUGCCAAAAUUUUAAACCAGUUUUCCGUUACUUCUGCAUGGAAAAGUUUUUGGACCCGGCUGUUUGGUUUGAGAGACGACUGGCUUACACUCGCAGUGUGGCUACUUCUUCUAUUGUUGGCUACAUACUUGGGCUGGGUGAUAGACAUGUGCAGAAUAUUUUGAUAAAUGAACAGUCAGCGGAACUUGUACAUAUAGAUUUAGGAGUUGCUUUUGAACAAGGUAAAAUCCUUCCUACUCCUGAGACAGUCCCUUUUAGACUCACCCGAGAUAUUGUGGAUGGGAUGGGCAUUACUGGUGUUGAAGGUGUUUUCAGAAGAUGCUGUGAGAAAACUAUGGAAGUUAUGAGAAAUUCUCAGGAAACUCUGUUAACCAUUGUAGAGGUCCUCCUUUAUGAUCCUCUCUUUGAUUGGACCAUGAAUCCUUUGAAAGCUUUAUAUUUACAGCAGAGGCCAGAAGAUGAGACUGAGCUUCACUCGACUCCCAAUGCAGAUGACCCAGAGUGCAAAGGCAAUCUCAGUGAUAUUGACCAGAGUUUCAACAAAGUGGCUGAACGUGUCUUGAUGAGACUGCAAGAGAAACUGAAAGGAGUGGAGGAGGGAACCGUGCUCAGUGUAGGUGGACAGGUGAAUUUGCUCAUACAACAGGCCAUGGACCCCAAAAAUCUCAGCCGGCUCUUCCCAGGAUGGAAGGCUUGGGUGUGAGCUUCAGCAUAUAAAUUACCCUUGAAUUUCAACGUUAAAAAUUCUGUUUUGGCUUUCAUCUUUAAUCCACCCAUAUGCUUUGAAUAUGUAUUAAUAUUUAGUGGUUGUAUUUUAAAAAAAUGAUUAAUACUUGCUUUGACAGUCUUGAGAAUGUCUUCUCUCACAUUUCAAAACUAUUGUCAUUCAUGUUUUACCUCUGGGCUAAAUAUUUUUUUCUCCUUAAGUCCAUGCUUGUGUCAUUUUCAGUUGAAUCACUAACUUGAUGCAUUAGCUGGAAAUAGAAGCAACAGAAGUAUAAGAUACCACUGUUACUUUCUUUCAGGAUGAACACAUAAAUAUACCGUUAGUCUUGGGGUGGCUUUUAACUUAAACUUACUUGCCACAUCAUAAAAGUGAUAAAUUAUUUGAUAUUAAAAUGGAAAAGGAAGAAAUGAACUUUAAAAAUUAUAGUCAUCAAUAUAGAUAUUACAUUACUUAUGCUAAAACUACAU